GAGAAGGGGGCCGGUCAAGGGAAGUGCGACGUGUCUGAGGAGCCUUUUUAUACCUCCUUCCCUGGAACCCGGCAGCCACCGCCGCCAUCCGCGUCUCUGCGCCCUGGACCCAGGCUCCGCCACAGCCGCAGCAUGUCGGGGGUCAAGAAGCAGAAGACGGACCAGCAGAAAUCCACCAAUGUGGUCUACCAGGCUCAUCAUGUGAGCAGGAAUAAGAGAGGACAGGUGGUUGGGACCAGGGGAGGAUUCCGAGGAUGUACCGUGUGGCUAACAGGUCUCUCUGGCGCUGGAAAAACAACCAUAAGUUUCGCUUUGGAAGAGUACCUUGUAUCCCACUCCAUCCCAUGUUAUUCCCUGGAUGGGGACAAUGUCCGUCAUGGCCUCAACAAGAACCUGGGAUUCUCUCCUGGGGACCGCGAAGAGAACAUCCGACGGAUUGCAGAGGUGGCCAAACUCUUUGCUGACGCCGGCCUGGUCUGCAUUACCAGCUUCAUUUCUCCGUUCACAAAGGAUCGUGAGAAUGCCCGCAAAAUCCAUGAGUUGGCAGGACUACCCUUCUUUGAGAUCUUCGUAGAUGCUCCUCUAAACAUCUGUGAAAGCAGAGACGUGAAAGGACUUUACAAACGGGCUCGAGCUGGAGAGAUUAAAGGGUUCACAGGCAUCGAUUCAGAUUAUGAGAAACCUGAAACUCCAGAGUGUGUGCUGAAGACCAACUUGUCUUCAGUAAGUGAGUGUGUGCAGCAGGUGGUGGAGCUUCUGCAAGAGCAGAGCAUUGUACCCCACACCACCAUCAAGGGCAUCCACGAACUCUUUGUGCAAGAAAACAAAGUUGAUCAAGUCCGGGCUGAGGCUGAGACCCUCCCGGCAUUAUCAAUCACCAAGCUGGAUCUGCAGUGGGUACAGGUUCUGAGCGAAGGCUGGGCUACUCCCCUCAAAGGCUUCAUGCGGGAGAAGGAGUACUUGCAAGUUAUACACUUCGAUACUCUGCUGGACGACGGAGUCAUCAACAUGAGCAUUCCCAUCGUACUGCCUGUUUCUGUGGAUGACAAGGCACGGCUCGAAGGGUGCAGCAAGUUCGCCCUGGUGUAUGAAGGUCAGAGGGUGGCUAUACUACAAGAUCCUGAGUUCUAUGAGCACAGGAAAGAGGAGCGUUGUUCCCGAGUGUGGGGAACAGCCACUGCAAAGCACCCCCACAUCAAAAUGGUGAUGGAAGGUGGGGACUGGCUCGUUGGUGGAGACCUGCAGGUGCUGGAGAGAAUAAGGUGGAAUGAUGGGCUGGACCAAUACCGCCUGACACCGCAGGAGCUCAAACAGAAGUGGAAAGACAUGAAUGCGGAUGCUGUGUUUGCAUUCCAGUUGCGCAAUCCUGUCCACAAUGGUCAUGCUCUGCUGAUGCAGGACACCCGCCGCAGGCUCCUGGAGAGGGGCUACAAGCACCCAGUGCUCCUGCUGCACCCUCUGGGGGGCUGGACCAAGGAUGAUGAUGUGCCGCUGAACUGGAGGAUGAAACAGCAUGCAGCCGUACUGGAGGAAGGAGUCCUGGAUCCCAAAUCAACUGUUGUUGCCAUCUUCCCAUCUCCUAUGUUGUACGCUGGUCCCACAGAGGUCCAGUGGCAUUGCAGAUGCCGGAUGAUUGCAGGGGCCAAUUUCUACAUCGUGGGCAGGGAUCCGGCAGGAAUGCCCCACCCUGAGACAAAGAAUGACCUCUAUGAGCCUACCCACGGAGGCAAGGUCUUGAGUAUGGCCCCUGGCCUCACCUCUGUGGAAAUCAUUCCAUUCCGCGUGGCUGCCUAUAAUAAAACUAAAAAGGCCAUGGACUUUUAUGAUCCAGCAAGGCAUGACCAGUUUGACUUCAUCUCGGGAACUCGUAUGAGGAAGCUGGCCCGGGAAGGACAAGACCCCCCAGAUGGCUUCAUGGCUCCCAAAGCAUGGAAAGUGCUGACAGAUUAUUAUAGAUCUCUGGAGAAGAUCAACUAAGUAUCCCUGGUUCUGGUCUCUCAGAAAUGCUCUUCUAUUAACGAUUUUUUUUUUCUAUUUUUGUGAUUAAAUGCUUUGUAUCCAAUUGCUCCUCGAUGACUAAUUUUAAAGUUAGAAUUUUGUAAGGAGGUAAAAAGUUGUGCCUAUAAUUUAAAACCAACUUUGUUAUGUAUAUGAAAGCCACUGGAGACUAAACUUUAGGUAAACAUUGUUCCAGAAUGAAAGCGGUUGUAUUUGACUUCAUCCUAGCAGUUACAUGUCAGAUUUCUUGAAAACGUGACCAUGUCUAGUUGACUUGCCCAAACAGAAGCAUACUUAACUUUGCCAAGCUGGAACUUACUGGAAGUAAUAAUGUCACUUACCAGAAGUAAUAAACCAUACCAACAACC